CCGCAAGGGUAAAAUAGUGCGAUGGCGAUGGAUCUAGAAGCGGUGUCAAAGGCGUUCAUGGAGCACUACUACUCCACAUUUGACUCGAAUCGGGCCGCUCUUGCGAAUCUCUACCAGGAUACGUCGAUGCUCACUUUUGAGAGCCAGAAAUUCCAAGGCACCCAAAACAUCACUGCCAAGCUCACCAGCUUGCCGUUCCAGCAGUGCCAGCACCAGAUCACCACCAUCGAUUGCCAGCCCUCAGACCCCGCCGGCGGAAUGCUUGUUUUUGUUUCCGGCAAUCUUCAGCUCGCCGGCGAGCAGCACGCCCUCAAGUUUAGCCAGAUGUUCCAUCUGAUGCCAACACCUCAGGGCAGCUUCUACAUAUUCAAUGAUAUCUUCCGGCUCAACUAUGCAUCAAGAGUGGUUGAUAGAUCUUUAUUUGUUGUUCCAGAUAUUGGACAAAAUAGCUUGUGUUUUUGAUGCUUUGUUACAAUGACAAAGAGUUUCUUUCUUGUA